UAUUAUACAGUUGUAAAAUCCUCCAUCAUAAAGUUCUGGGAGUACUGCAGAGGAAUCAUUUAUCCCCAGGCUGUGUGAAUCACAGAGCAGGGAGAGUGCUUUAGAGCUAGUCGUGACAAUAUAAUGUAAUACAAUAUAAGAGGGGGGCUUCCACAGAGACAGAAUUCAAAAUCUAUACAUCUUCUCUGGCACUGUUAUAGCAGGGUGUGCUGUAUGUGUUCAGUCUGAUAUGUUUUCUCACAGUGAAAUGCCGUAACUAUGUGGGGGGAAAAAAACUGAUAUGAAAGCAAAUUAUGUUUGCCACUAAAUCACGACUGCAGGAAAUUGCAUGAGAACAUUGUUAAUCACUCUUAGCACUCCGCAAUCCACAGUGUCAUGUCUGCAGGGACUUGGGGAUAUUAGACUGCUCUGCAUCCAUUAGUCUAUAAACUAUCCAUUUAUCCAUCAUGAGAGAGGAAACUGAAAAAAGGUAGAGUGCGUCUAAUUAUAGGACUGGACGGAUCAUGAUACCCUUCAUCUUCGAGUGUUUUUCUCAGAACAAAUUGUUCAAAUGCAUAAUUUUAACUUGAUUUUAAUCAUGUUGAAGCAACUGUAUGUUCUGCAGGUAAUGUCUACCUAUAUUUCUAGAUGAAUCUAGACUUUUUUCGAAAGAGAAAUUGAUUUUCUUUUUUUUCCUUUUUUUUAAUUGGACAUUAUGCGGGUGCUUCAUGCUUCUAUAAAAGGCAUACUUUCUGAGCCAGAGCGAUGACGCAGAGACUGCAUGGGCUCUCGGCAGGGGUAUAAGAGACGGCACUCAGCUCCGUUGCGGAGCACACAUGAAGGGAGGAGAGGAGACCGAUCGCUGAUUAGACUCAAGGCUUCUCGGUGGCAAGAGCCAAAGGGAUGAACACAACUGAGAAGUUCUGCCUUCCCGUUGAUGGCAUCCUCGAAGUGUUCAACUCUUUCACCGGGCAUCAGCAUUCACGAAUUGCGCACCAAGUACUGCAGAGCGCAGCUCUCAUCCCGCGAUCCCAACACCCCAAAGUCUCAAACAUAGUCAAAACGGGCAUGGGCAUCAUCAAAACUGUCAAAGGUUGCUGGAGACGGCAGGAUAAGAGAAUGAUCUCCCGCAGAUCCUCAAGUUAUGGGCGUCGGCAGGUGUCGAUUGAUCGAGUCCCCAAAAAGCCGGUGGACCUGACAGAGUUGGGUGCGACCAAGUCGAAGAACUGUUACAGAGUAGUGGUGCUCGGGGCACCCAAAGUGGGUAAAACCAAUAUCCUCCGGCGGUUCUUAGGGGAAGACUAUGAAGAACACUAUGAGCCUACUGUCGAGGACUUUUAUCGCAAGAUGUUCCACAUAGGAGGGGAAACAUACCAGGUUGAUCUGCUGGAUGCGGCAUCUGAGAAAGACUUUCCAGCCAAACGGAGAUUAUCCAUACUGACAGGUGAUAUUUUUCUCCUGGUCUUCAGCUUGGAUGACAGAGAGUCUUUGAAUGAAGUCCGCGAGCUGCUCGACGAAAUCAAAGCCGCAAAGGCAAAACUCCAAAAGCCCAACCACCCAGCGAGGGGGCCAGUCGUGGUGUGCGCCAACAAAGCAGAUCUGGACGCACAGAGAGUUCUCAGCAACUCCGAGGUGGUGGACAUCCUGGGCGAAGACGCGCCGUUCUUCGAAACCUCCGCUAAAACAGGCGCCGGACUGGAGGCUGUCUUCGAGGCUCUCGCAGCUCUCGGCGGUCUGCCCGACGAGACCAGACCGUCGCGGCAUCAGAUCAUCCCCAUACUGAGCUACCAAUCGCUGUGCGUGGGCAAACGGGGCAUCAGGAUGAGGAGGCACUCCCGGGGACUCGGCGCACCCUGCGCCGCCGUGGACCCCCUUGCGCGCCGCCCGAGCUUCACCAGCGACCUGCGACUGGUGCUUGGAUCAAGCACCCAACACAAGAAACCCGAGAAGCGUCAGGUUCAAUGAAUUAUGAAACUUCUCGACAAAACAAAAUUGUAGUAGUAUGCUGCAAUGUCAUAACAUGUAAGGAGUUAUACUCUGUAGCACCUGGCCGGACCGGUGCACUAAUUUUGUUUUUUUUGUAUUCUGUA